GCUGCUUCCUCUCUGCUCGAAAGAUGUUCAAAAGAUGCUCUCCCUGCAGCCCAAGAGCGAGGGUAGUCUGAGGCGUCGCCUGCUCACCUCCAAGAUCCACCAGCAACGAGACGGACCGUGGGCGCCCAGGCCACUCGCCCAGGGACACCCGGACAACAAGGGCCUCCAGGGGCCACUACACAGACAGGACUACCCCUACCCUGGCCCUGGCCCCAGUCCUUACCCCGGGCCUCAGGCCAAACCCAGCCCCCCCGGCCUGGUGCUCCACCACCGAGCAGGCUACUCCUCCCAGGGCUCCCAGCAACACACGCACGGCUACUCCCUGACCCAGCUACGGAAGACCAGCUACUCUCCCCCCACCCCCGACCAUCAUCCUGGGUACAGCUUCCCCCCACCACCUCUUUCUCCUCCAGGAUCAGCCAGAUACAGCCACACUGGACCCCCAGAUGACCCAAACUCCGGACCCCCAGGCUACCCAAACCCCGGACCCCCAGGCUACCCAAACCCCGGACCCCCAGGCUACCCUAAUCCUGGAUCUGCUGGGUACCCCAACUCUAACCCGGUAUACUGUAACCCAGCCUACAACACCACCCCCAGCAGCAGCCCUAACCCAGGACGCCACAACACUACCCAAGAACCCAGCAACUCUUACCCCAACUCUGGAUAUCCUUCCCCAGGACUGGAAUACGGCCCUACCUCCCUCCCAGGACCCGGCUACAGCUCCACCUCGGGGUUCGCCCCCGAGUCCCAGCCCAGCCUCCCCUCUCCUUCACCCAAGCAGAGAAAGGGUUUCUCCGCCUUUAACCUGCUCCAACAGCGCAGCUCCAACUCCAGCCAGAUUCCCCUCUCACACACACCCCUCCUACACACACCCCAACGCCAAGACUGGAGAGCUGUCAGUCUGGACGAUGAAAGAAAGUGGUCAGUACACUACACUUCCCAGAAGCCUCAGCAGGAGACACGGCCCUCCUGUGUCGAUCACCGCCGCACCAUACUCAGAGAUUGCAACAAGAAGCUAAGGAGAGAUGGGUACGGCAGUUCACAGUACUUCUCCCAAAACCCCGCCUACCUCAGCCCUAGCCUAUCAGAGGCCAGGCUGCAUGAUGACAAGGGCAGGAAGGAAACACGCCGGAAAAAGAGGUCUAAGCUGAUGGACUGUCUGUCUCAGUCCUGCUUCUCUGUCUGCUGGAGGAGAAAGUCAACAGGGUCAUCGCCAGAUGAUGACCUCUUGGCAUAUUCAUUCAGGCCACCGCUGAGUCCUCCGUCAAACUGUUACAAAACCAUUGAUGACACAGUUAACGGGUGUGACAUCACGGCUAAAGGAUGUGACCUCACAGUCGCAGAGGAGACAGAGUGGACUAAGCCCCUCCCCCUGCCGACACCAGAGGAGAAGAUAAGGCAGCAGGCGCAGGCCAUCGCUGCUGACAUAGUACCCAUCAACAUCACUGGUGAAAGUUUUGAGCGUCAGGCUAGUUUCCGGCGCGCAUUAGCCAACACAGACACCCGUCGACCCAGGAACAAACUCACACGCCGCAAGACCAUCACCGGAAUACCUGAUGACAUCACCAGAGAUCUGGAACAUGAAGCUGAUGAAGAUCCAGGGUGUGGUGGAUCAGUGAUUCUGCCUGGUCAGUACUCUACUCUGGACCGAACCGGCAGUGUCAACACAGCCCUGCUACAGAGCUCUCUCGCACAGCGCUCAAACACCAAAUCACUCACGCCCUCACACACCCAGGAGGCCGGCCUGAUGGAGGAGGAGAGGAGAGAUGAUGAGGAAAGGGAGGAGAAGAGUAGAGUAGUGAAGCCGUCGGUGCGUCGGAUCCGUGCCCAGAGAGGACAGGGCAUCUCUUCUCUGAUGGCCUCUCUCACCCCGACCCUCACCCCUAACCCCUCCCUCACGCCUUACCCUCACCCCAGCCUCACCCUCACCACCUCCUCUUCCAUGGGCAGUGUCUCCCUGGGGGGUGAAGAUGGAGGAGAAGGGUUCCACAGCCUCCCCCCUCAGGACGUCCUGUCCUCCCUGAGCUCUGAGAGCAGCUGCCUCAGCACCCCCUACAGGACACUCUGCCACACAGCAUCCUGCUCUGUGGAUCAUGAGUUCCAGAGCCAGUCAGGGGAGGGUCGGAGCAGCAGAUUCCCGACUCAGAGCACCUUGCUCAGGGAGGACUGGAGCUACGAGCCCCUCCUACCCUCCAGCCACUCGUCCCCCCUUCAUCCUUUCUCCUCCACCUCCUCCUCCUCCUCCUCUCAGACCGACUGCAGCCCCCUCUGCUCCGAGGACGCAGAUGCCACCGGACACUCCCCCUUGCAGGGGCUCAAGUCCCACAGCCACGCCUGCAUUUCUGCCGACUACGCUACUGGCAGCAACCGCUGUCCCCACGGUAACCGGGACCACCGCGGUCUCCAUGGAGACAGCCGUAACCUGUCAAGCAGUAUCUCUCUGAGGAAGUCCAAGAGGCCCCCAGCUCCCCCCACCCGCUCCACCUCGCUACGGCGUAAACCUGGCCAGGGGAAACGGCCGUGCUACGACUACAACCCUACUGAACCUGGAGACAGAGAGCUGGCCCCCAGCCCUGCUCCCCUCUCCCCUCCAGUCUCUCCAGGGGUGUUCGAGGACCCAUGGGUCCCCCGCUGUAGCAGUCUGGGCAGGGGGGGCAGGGCAGGUGCUGAUACAGACAGCCAGAUCAAACAGGUCCCUCACUUCCACAGCUUCCACCAACAGCCCAACCCUGGUCAGGAGCAAAACUACCCCGCUAGCCGUUGCCCCCAGCAGCCUCACCCCUCUGUCUCCCGCUCAGCCAGUGCUGGAGGGGUGAGCCUGCUUAUGGGACCUAAAAUGGCUGCCUCUUCUCCUAAGGUGGCUGCCUCUUCUCCUAAGAUGGCCGCCUCUUCUCCUAAAAUGGCUGCCUCUUCUCCUAAGAUGGCCGCCUAUGCAGGGAGACUCCAGCGUCUGGCCUCUUCCACCUCCAGCGGAUACUCCAGCGAGUGCAACACUCCAACCCCCUCCUCACCCCUCACACCCCCUUCACCCCUCACACCCUCCUCACCCCAAACACAGUCCUCACCCCUCAUCUCCUCCUCCCUCCCCCUCACCUCCUCUUCCUCCCUCCCCAGGACACGUUCUACCCCAGGGGGAGGAGGGCCAAGACCCCCCAUCCCAGAGAGAAAGUCCUCUCUCCUCUCCUCCCCCUUCUCCUCCUUUUCCUCUACCUCCUCCCUCUCUUCCUACACCUCCUCCGACUCCAGAUAUACCCCUCUCCCCUCUCCUCCUCCCCUGCCCGGGUCCAACACUCUUCCCUCUCUACCUCCACCCUACCCAUCCCUCCCUCAACGACAAUCACUCCCCUCUCCUCCUCUCCUUCAUCUGUGCAUCUAUCACCCUCUCCCCUCUCCCCCUCCUCUACCUCAGCCUCUACCUUCUCCCCCUUCCCUCCCGCCUCCCUUGCAUGCCUGUGCAGUGCGACAGACUCAGCCCCACCCCUUCUUUUCACCUGUUACACCUGCCAGUCAGGUGACGUCAUUGCUAGGAUUCCCUCCUCCUCCUUCCCCUGAGCUCACAGAGGAUUCAGACCUGCCAAUCAACAGCCCUCCUCAUCUUCCUCCUCCUCCUCCUCCCUCUCUUCCACCUCCUCCUCCGCCUUACACCCACACCCCUCUGCCUCCUUCCCCCCUCCUUCCCCCCUCCAGAGUGUGUCCAGGACACACUCCCCGGCCCCUGAUAACAACCCAAGCCCUUCAGAGAGUCACUCUGCGCUCUACCAAGAGGCUAACCAACCCUCCAUCAUCUAAUGUCGAGCAGAGCCAAGAGAGCAAUGAUCCUACCCUAACUAGCAUUAUGCUAACCAACCCUCCAUUAGCUAAUGUCGAGCAGAGCCAAGAGAGCAAUAAUGCUACCCUAACUAGAAUUAUGCUAACCAACCUUACAUCAGCUAAUAUCGAACAGAGCCAAGAAAUCAAUGAUGCUACCCUAACUAGCAUUAUGCUAACCAACCAUACAUCAGCUAAUGUUGAGCAUAGCCAAGACAGCAAUGAUGCUACGCUAACUAGCAUUAUGCUUACCAAUGUUACGCCAACUAAUGAUGCCCAGCAUGGCACAGAGAGCACCGAAGCUAAGCUAAAUGGCGUAACGCUAACCAGCACCCAGGACAGAGGGGAGGGCUUGGAUGCCACACUAACCAGCGCCGUGUUAGAGAGUGUCAGGAGGAUUGAUGCCAUGCUUACUGAGGCUGAAGAUGGAACCCCAGAGAGCGGCUCUCGACCACUGAGAGCAGUGUUUGAAAGCCCUGCUGCUGAAAACACACUACAGAACGGAGAACCUACGCCUCGACAGGAGACCACACCCUGCCUCACCAACGGCCAACCAAAAUAUUCAGCGUGGGCAUACACACCCACACACUCCCCUGCUACCCACUCCCCCUCCUCCCCCCACAGACAGAAGCUUCCCAUUGCCCCGAAGAAGCCCAAACGCUCCCUGAUAAUGCCCCCGCCCCUGCUGAGGACACACCAGACAGACACACCACCACCAACACCCGUGCUGACAGGUACACCUCCACAGCCCUACGUCCCAGAGACACCACCCUUACUGGGGAUAAACCUGUCCCAGCCAGAGACACAGACCCAGACAGAGUCUCAGCCGGAGCCAGGGCCCGCAUCCCCCUUCCUGAAGUUCUACCAGUCACAUUACUAUGUACCAGAGUUACCACCAAGGCCCUGUCCUCCAGAACCAUGUGUACCAGAGCCACAGCAGGAGUCCUGUCCACUAGAGAUGGAGGCAGAGGCAGAGGCAGAGACAGAGGCAGAGACAGAGGUAGAGACAGAGACAGAGACAGAGACAGAGAGAGAGGCAGAGAGAGAGGCAGAGAGAGAGGCAGAGGCAGAGAUAGAGGCAGAGAGAGAGGCAGAGAGAAAGGAAGCCCCCAGGCUGCCAGAGAGUGUGUCGGUGUCAUACACAGAACUGAGGAGAUCAGAACUGGAGGAAAUCUGGGUGAUGCAGGAGGAAGAAGAGAAGGAAGAGAGAGAAAAUUGGCAGAAGCUGGGGAGGAAAGAGGAGGAGGAGGGUGAAGAGGAAGAGAGACGGAGGGGACCAAUGGAGGAGGAGGAGGAGGACAGCAAUGAUUUUGAAAGCUUCUCUUUGGAAGAGAGGAGAGACUCUCUGAGCAGUCCUCUGUCUACUGACAGCCUGAAAGGGGUGCCACUGCUGCCAGACCUACUCAUCCAGGAGGAGGAGGGGGAACUAGGGGAGGAGAGGUGCAGCCUGGACACAGACGGGACCAACAGUUCCACAGGGUCCCUGAUCUCCAGAGAAGACAAUGGUGAGGUGUUUGACAUUUCUUCUGCAGAGAAGAUGGUGACAACGGUACCACCACGGACUACUGAGGACCUGUUUGCUGCCAUACACAGGUCUAAGAGGAAAGUUCUGGGUCGUAGGAACUCUGAGGAAGAGCGAUGCCGCGUCUUCCCCCUUUCCUCCUCCUCGUCCUCCUCCUCUCCUUCAGUGACCCCUCCAGGCCCUAGCCCCGCCCCUCUGCAACCUUUUGAGUUGAUAGGAUCCAGUAGGGUAAGAAGUCAUAGGUUAGGGGUCAGCAGCAGCAGUGACAGCUUCAAGGCUCUGCUCCUGAGGAAGGGAAGUCGCUGCGACCCUGCAGCUCGCAUGUCUGCAGCCGAGAGACUCCGCAGUACCGCCCCCAAACACCAGAGGGCGAGACCACAGAGCCAGAGCUCACAGAGCCAGAGCUCACAGAGCUCACAGAGCUCACAGAGCUCACAGAGCUCACAGAGCUCACAGAGCUCACAGAGCUCACAGAGCUCACAGAGCUCACAGAGCCAGCGCCUGUCAGACAAACAACUGCAGUUCGGAGUGGAGUCACACACUCACACCCCUCAGCCCUUUGCACACACACACACUGUUCAGCUCCUGACGCUAGACCUACCCCAGCCCCAGUACACACACAGAAACAGGAGGAGGGCAGAGUGGGCACUCACUGAGGGCACGCUCCCUCUCUCCUCCCUGUCCUCCCCCACAUACCCCUCCUCCCCCGCUCUUUGGGGGUGGCGACCUCCCCGCUCCCCCAUUCCCCCUUGCUCAGCCAGCCGGCGUUUCGCUGCCCGCAGCCGACUACCCAGCAGCCCCAUGACUGCCAUCUCGGAGCGGGAAGGGGAGGGCGAAUCACUGGAGGGCGAUGGGUUGGCCGUCACCAUCGGACUGGCCCACAGUUCGUGCAAGACUUUUGGAUUGGUCAAGCUCACUGACGGACGUGCCGAGGCCACCAAUGGCAGCCUUGAUUGGCAGGAGAAGAGGUCUAUGGAGACACACCAUGUCCUGUGGGUCGGGUAGAUCACCAGACUGGUGAUCAGAUAGACAGGCGAGUCACUGUCCCACUCAUACCCAGGACGGAGGCUUCCGUCUGGAGCUAGGAGACUUUAUGUAUCCUGCACCUGGGGGGGAAAUUCUUGGAAGUUGGAACACUGUCGAAAUGAAACCUACCAGCCACCAGACUGGCGAUUGUACAGGACAGUGGAGGCUGGUGAGAGGUGCUAUAGGAGGAUGGGCUCAUUGUAACGGCUGGAAUGGAAUAAAUGGAGCUGAG